AUAGAGCAAAUCAGGUUUAGGGUUUUUCUCAUUUCUCCCCUUUUUUCAGCAAACCAUAGAUCUGAAUCGAAGAGGUUAAAGUGACGGCGCCGCUGCUGUCCGCCUUGACUGAAGUUCGAAUUCGUCUUGGCCCUCUUUUUGUUGUAGUAAAAAUCUCUUCUUUUCACUUUUAGGGUUAGUUUUCAUCUGAAAAACCAGUUCAAAUGGCUCCAAAAGCAACUAAGGCUGAGAAGAAGAUCGCUUAUGACACCAAAAUGUGUCAACUUCUGGAUGAUUUUACUCAGGUGCUUGUGGCUGCUGCUGAUAAUGUUGGAUCUAAUCAGCUACAGAGUAUUAGAAAGGGUUUGAGAGGUGAUUCUGUUGUUCUUAUGGGGAAGAAUACUAUGAUGAAGAGAACUAUUAGGGUUCAUGCUGAGAAAACUGGCAAUGAGACCAUCCUGAAUCUCAUCCCUCUCCUUGUUGGUAAUGUGGGGUUGAUCUUCACCAAGGGUGACCUCAAGGAAGUGAGUGAGGAAGUCGCAAAGUACAAGGUUGGAGCGCCUGCACGUGUCGGUUUGGUGGCUCCAGUUGAUGUUGUUGUUCCUCCUGGUAACACUGGUCUUGACCCAUCUCAGACCUCUUUCUUCCAGGUGCUCAACAUCCCAACUAAGAUUAACAAGGGUACUGUUGAAAUUAUCACUCCUGUGGAACUCAUCAAGAAGGGUGAUAAAGUUGGUUCCUCUGAAGCUGCCCUGCUUGCCAAACUUGGUAUUAGGCCAUUCUCAUACGGUCUUGUUGUUCUCUCUGUUUACGACAAUGGUUCCGUCUUCAGCCCUGAGGUUCUUGACCUGACUGAGGAUGAUCUCAUUGAGAAGUUUGCCACGGGAGUAUCUAUGGUUACCUCCUUGGCAUUGGCCAUCUCUUACCCAACUCUUGCUGCUGCACCCCACAUGUUCACCAACGCCUACAAGAAUGUGUUGGCCAUUGCAAUUGAAACCGACUACUCUUUCCCUCUCGCUGACAAAGUGAAGGAAUACCUCGCGGAUCCAAGUAAGUUUGCCGCCGUUGCUGCCGCUCCUGCUGCAGCUGCUGGUUCUGGAGCUGCUCCUGCUGCUGCUAAGGAGGAGGAGAAGAAGGAAGAGCCUGCUGAGGAGUCAGAUGAUGACAUGGGUUUCAGUUUGUUUGAUUAAGUCUGUUGUUUGUGAUGUCAUCUGUUUUUUGGUUUCGAAAACAAAUUUUCACCUUUAUGUUUUUAGUUUGCAAACAAUAUUUCAAUUCAGUUAUAAGAUUUAGUGGAUAAUUUUUGUUUUGGACCUUAA